AUGGGCUCUGCAGAGUUUGGCAGUGCCAAAUAUUUGAAUAAAAAAAUGAAAGCCAAGGGUCUUCAGAAACUUAGAUACUAUUGUCAAGUUUGCGAGAAACAGUGCCGAGACGAAAACGGAUUCAAAUCACAUUGUAAAUCCCCAUUUCAUGCGCGAAAUACAGCUCAGCUGAAGCCGCAGGAUGUCAAUAGCUAUACAGAUCAGUUUGAGAAGGACUUCCUGCGACUUCUGCGCUUAUCCCAUGGCGAAAAGCAGAUCGAAGCUAACAAAUUUUACAAUGAGUUUAUUCAAGAUCGGGACCAUAUUCAUAUGAAUGCCACUAGAUUCCAUUCUCUAACCAAAUUUGUUUUGCAUUUGAGCAAAACCGGCAAAGUACGAAUCCAUGGACUAGGCGCCGAAAAUGAAGAUGAUAUUGACGUAGAAAGCGGCAAAAUCUUGAUAAGCUACAUUGAUGAUUCUUUUGAAAGCAUGCUGCGAAAGGACAAGUUAGAUGAAAUAGAAAAAUCAGAACUCACUGAAGCAGACAUUAGAGCGAAGAUGUUGCAAAGACAAAUAGCUCAAGCCGAAAAAAGUGACCAUGAAAAUAGUGAGGAUGAAGUAGACACCCACACCAAUAGCACACAAGAUGCACCGGUAGGGAAAUUAUCUCUUAAAAUUUCAAAACCUGUCAGCAAAGGAAAGGUGGCUAAAAAGAGAACGAAUCUAUUUAAAAAGUUGAAGUAG